GGCAGCGAGCCGAAAGAGCCAGUACGCGCAUUCAUCUCGGAGAGACUCGAAACCCAUCCUGAAGUCCCGGAUCCGAACGGAAGUAAAGCAAAGGUGGACGCAUCCAAAGGAAGCCGUACUGCACUGCUUCGUGGUGGUUCGUCGGUUAGUUCAAGUUUGGCGCUUAGAAACGCGAUCAUUUCCCUAGUCGUCGUCCUACCGUGAUCGUGGCUGUCGCCUUUACCGUUGUGGUUUUUAGUUUUGUGUUCGAAAAACAAAGAAGAGAAAAAAGCACGCAAAUAAACGCUUAGCUGGCCGUUUUUGCUGUUGCUGCCUGUGCGCUGUGUCCCGAUACUCGACUCGAUUGUACCGUCAUUUGCGCGCCAUCCUCUGCAGCAACAUUUCGUGGGGAAACAGUUGCAGCAACUUGCAGCCAUUACCCGAUUGGAGCACUUUUACGAGACGUCAUUGCAUUUAACGUGCAGCAAAACAGUUAAAAACACGGCAGAGAUGAAGUAUCUGCUGCUCCUUCUUGCGCUUGCAGCCUUUGCGGAGGUCCAAGCGAAUCGUUUCCGUCAAGAGUUUCCAGGACCGUUCUGUGCGGCGCGAAAUUAUGAUGCUUGUUGUCGCGAUCGUCAGGAUGGUUGCGCACAGCCAAUAUCCACAACCCUUUGCUAUUGCGAUGAGUUCUGCCAACGAGGUGAGCAUGGAGAUUGUUGCCCGGAUUACGAGGAAGUGUGUUUGGGCAUAAUCGCUGAACCGGAAAAUGCCACAUCGUGCGUACACAAGAACCAUUACUUCACACCGUACAGCGAAACGGUAGUGGACAACUGCAAUACUUGUAAAUGCAACUACGACGGAUCUGUCACCUGUACGGAAAAUGUGUGCCUGGUGGAUGAUGAUCUUCUCCGCCAGUUGAACCACCUUCAGCGGUCUAUUGGAUGGAAGCCAACGAACUAUAGCGAAUGGUGGGGACGCACCUACGACGAUGGCAAGGUACUCCGUCUUGGAACAAUAUAUCCAAAGAUUCUCGUAAAGGCAAUGAAACGGCUCAGCAACAAGGGUGGCUCGUUGCCGAAGCACUUCGACGCAAGUGAGCACUGGACUGGACUGAUUGCUGAGGCUCGUGAUCAAGGAUGGUGUGGUUCGUCCUGGGCUUUCUCCACGGCGACGAUGGCUUCCGAUCGUUUCGCCAUCCUUUCGAAGGGUCGCGAAAUGGUACAACUGGCUCCACAACAGAUGCUCGCUUGUGUGCGCCGCCAGCUUGGAUGCCGGGGAGGACAUUUGGACACGGCUUGGCAGUACUUGCGCAAAGUUGGUGUUGUCAACGAAGAAUGCUAUCCGUACAUUGCGGCCCAAAACGUGUGCAAGAUCAGAUCGACCGAUACACUGAUCACGGCUAACUGUGAACUACCGGUGAAGGUGAAUCGAACCGACAUGUACAGAAUGGGACCGGCGUUUAGUCUCAACAACGAAACCGACAUCAUGGCCGAAAUCAAGGAUCGUGGAACAGUGCAGGCCAUCAUGCGAGUGUAUCGCGAUUUCUUCUCGUACCAAAGUGGAAUUUACCGUCAUUCGGCCGCAGCCACUCCUGCCGAUGAACGUUCCGCUUAUCAUUCGGUGCGUCUGAUCGGCUGGGGCGAGGAACGAGUUGGCUAUGAAGUCGUUAAAUAUUGGAUUGCUAUCAACUCCUGGGGCCAAUGGUGGGGCGAGAACGGUCGCUUCCGCAUUCUGCGCGGAUCAAACGAGUGUGACAUUGAGAGCUACGUUCUGGCCUCCAACCCGUACGUGCACGAACAUGUGCAGGCAAUACGCAAAGUGGGCGAAUUGCAGGAAUUUUUCGUCGGAACGGGUUACGUUCCACAUCCCAGCCGUCGGUACCCACCAUACGGCCGUGGCUAGAGUGUGAUCCUACCGUUGUUGUAGCUUUCCCGUAGCUGCUGCCAGCGUAACGUCUAUCGUGAUCAUUUAUGCGUGUAUUUUGUCCUGCUCUCGAUGCAAACACUUAGCACAUACUUCUUCAUUUUCCAUAUCUAGCUGUGAAGAUAUGCACAGUAUUAAAGGCGGAAAGAGCAUGCGAGUCGUCGUUCCGGUCACGAAGCCAUACAAAACAACAGAUCGAAAUUACCAUUAGAGGAGACUUGGAACGGUCAACGUGCGUGAGACCGACAUUUUACUUUUAUGAAAGUUCGACAAAAUUAGUCCAUUUAAUUUAAAAAAGAAAAAGCCAAAGCGCUACACUACGAUGAAGUAAAGAGGAUGAGGGCGUUACGAGGGAACCGGAAUGGCCGCAAGUAUCGGUUGCCAUAAAAAGCUGCCAUUGCUCUGAAGCACACUAUCUGUAACAUUAACCAAAACUGCUUUUGAUGGUGUUCAUAGCGUGCAAAAUUGUUGUACCGUGUAAUGAAAUCUUUCUUGUUCCCAGUAUCGUGCACGUGCACGUGCGGCGCGCAUUAGAGCGGCCCGUUUCUCCCCGUUUUUUGGAACAAGUUGUACAUGUUAGGAGAUAGCAAAAAAGCAUACAUUUUUGUUUUAAUCUUUAAGUUCAAGAUUGGUAAAAAAAAGAAAUAGCGUAAGGUACACGAAUUGAAUUGUAUGAUACUGUACAGAGUUGUUUCCUUUCGAACAAAUAUUUCUUUCGAAACGAAGCCCACUAAGCCCUCCGAGUGUGGAGAGUGUACUUCGUUAGCGGAUCGGAUCGUCGUUUUAUCAGCCAAAAUCGACCAAAUUGUAUGAAUCAAGCAAGUUUUCACCCAAGAAUCUAACACACCGUUUUGGACCAUUGUUGCUGUUUUCACUUGUAAGGAAUUUGUGUGUGUAUAAUGAUUAAGUUUUCUCAUGUUUAAUGGUAUCGAAACUGUGUAAACGAAAUACAUGUGAAGAUGCUGUUUCUAUAAUAAAGUAAACUACACUACCCGA